UUAAUAACGACUAUUUUUGUUAAUAUUUCAGCAAUACCGGUCAUAAUUGUGGCAAUAUCUAUGGGGUCGGUGGCGAUGGAUGGAUAUGGGGACGAAAACUCAUGCUGGCUGUCUGCUAAGUCGGAUUUGAUCUGGGCAUUCAUAGUUCCCGCCCUUAUUGUAAUGCUGAUUAAUAUGGCGAUUAUCAUCUUGGUAAUAAGAGCCAUGUUUGGAACCUCUGCUCUGUCAAAAAAGUCAAGAAAUGAGAAGGCAGUGGCUGGUGCACGGAGCAUUGCGAUCCUAAUGCCAAUCAUGGGAAUCACGUGGGUUCUCGGAGUUUUUUCUGUCAACGAAGACACGGUUGUGUUCCAGUAUCUGUUCGCUUUAUUUAACAGCACGCAGGGAGUACUAAUAUUCGUAUUUCACUGUGCAAUGAACAAAAAGAUUCAGAAGGCGUUUAGAAAGCAAAGAUCAAAAUGGAUGUCAUUGCGAAGCUAUACUAUCGAAAAAUCUAUGUCAAACAGUAUGGCGUCAUCCAGCAUGAAAUCAACAAGACUUGAUGAUGGCAAGGAAUCAAUUAUGUGAUAAUUAGGAACAGUCGAAUAAUUAUCUCUUGACCUAUGGCUAAUAAUUUUUUCAACGAUCAAGAAACAACAGAAACCAAGAAAAAACUUUUACGAUAAUCUGGGAUUGGCGAUGUGUAUAUUUUAGAAAUUUUAUUACAAAUUAUUUCACUUAAGCGCUACUAAUUUCAUGUUAUAAACAUUUAAUAUGUUUUAAAUUCAUCAUUCAUCACAUGUUUGCGAUAAAAAAAAUACUUUUAAGGCACAAUUAACAAAUGAUAUAAGUCUUAGUGAUGUUUAUCGGCACUUUAACACCGGUUUGGAGUUUUGAUGCGUAUGAAUUAACUACGAAGGGUUCGUUUCGUCAGAAAACACCAUACUAAAGCGUUGUGGUUGAAUAUGCUGCGCUACUAAUAGUUAAGGGCUCGAGACAAAGCACUUGUGUAAGCUGAACUUUGUGUGUUAUAACUAUUUGUUACUGUUUUUACUAUACUUCCUGGAGAACUAAAACUGCCACUGCCUUGGCAAAGUUAUCCCCGCACAUUUUGGCAAGGUAAACAGUCAACUCGCACCUUUACUAACUCUGCACAGGUGAAUUUGUCCCAUUAUUAAAAAUUCUUCUGUUCGAUAUAUUGUGAAAUAUUUGCUGUUGGGCCUGCUUUGAAAUUAUAUUAAAAAGUCUCCUGUUCAAAAAAAACGUAUGAAACUAUGUGAUAAAGUUUGAAAAUCCUGAAAAUAUUCCCGUCCAGACUGUUUCCAAGGUACGAGUCCACUAGGGUCAUUAUAAUGUCGAGAGCAAAACUUGGAGUUUUAACAAUAGCUGUCUGGCUGGUAUUAUGAUGAAAGCAAGUAGAAGGGUGCGGGGCAUAAUUCUGGUAAAUUGCGAAAUUUUUGCCUUGAUAUUCAACAAAUUCUUCAAGUUAUAUCCGUGAUGGUUUUUGAGCAAAUUAUGAAAAUAUAUUUUUUUUUUUAAAAAUUGAAAGGGAGAUAAUUGAGCAAGAAUGCUUUCUAGGGUUAUUUAUCCUUCAGAAAUGCAGGAAACAAGUAUUCCAAGUUUUAAGAGACCACAACCUAUUAUCUGUUAAAGUGACCUUGUCACCUUAAGUGUGACAGAACUCAUCCUGGUGUAUCGACACAUCAAGUUUCAAUGUUACAGCUUUAUUUGUAUUUAAGUUAAUGACCACAGACAUAAAAUUAUCUAAAAAGGGUUAACUGACAACGAGUGAGUCAUGACAAUACUUCUUCUUUUCUUUUCUAUGAAAAAUGGAGCUUAAAAUGACAAAACAAAAUACUUAAGGGGGGGGGGGGGGGGCAGCAUGAAAUAGCCAAAUAUACCUAAAUACACCCAAAUAUUGCCUAAAUAUACUAAAAAUAAAUGUUUUAUUAUGAAAACAAUUUACACUUUCGCUAAGGUAUAAUCUAACAUACCAAAAUAUACAUUUUCCUAUCAUUGUGUUUUGAACCAAAUUAUACCCAAAUACAGUAUACUCCAUUAAUGUUGUAAUAUAUUUAAUUUAAAAAAAAUAAUACAUGGACACUUGUAUGAAAUUUUAAUAAAAUUGUACCCUAAAAAAUUAAAGAUCCUGUAACACAAUUAUUUAUAGUUUUAUAUCAUAAAUAUGAUGCUCAAAUUAAGAUUGAUCAAUUUUGUAAGUUCCAAAAACCAUUAUUUAUAAAGAUAUUACCGAAUUUAACAUUUCAUGUAAAUAAAGAGAGGUAAUAAAUUUUUUGUUUCUAUAUAAAGUCUCAAUAAGAAAUGAAUUAAUAUAAUGUAUUUUAAUGAUUACAUAAUUAUAAUAUGAACAAAUAUUUGCAGUACAUAUUUUACAUAUUCUUCAAUGUUUAAAAAUUGUAAAUAUAUAUAUAUAUAUAUAUAAUUUCACUUAAGUGUGGUAUACAACCACAAUUACAACAUACAGGAUCUUUAAAUGUAGACAACAAAUAUUAUCAUAUCUUUAUCUUUAAUUGCAAGUAUUUUCAUUAAUGGACCUAGAUCAUAGUUUAUUUUCUAACAACAUCUCAACUGCCCAUUUCAACGGAAUGAAUGGAAGUUAUAGACGUUUUAGUCAUAUUAUUUUAUAAAUGAGCUACGUCACGACAAAACCAACAUAGUGUGUUUGCGACCAGCAUGGAUCCAGACCAGCCUGCGCAUCCUGAUCAGGAUCCAUGCUGUUCGCUUACCAACUCUA